AUGGACCCGCCCACGCCAAAUGACAGCGCAUUCCAUAAAAGGAGAGGCGCACUGGCGUGUGCAGCCGCAGCGGUGAUCGAACGCGAUCUCGACCCUCAACUACUGUCUCAGUUUCGGAAACACGCAGAUCCCAUAGAGCUGCCACGUAGCACGGCUCGUUGCAUAGGGCCUUGGGUCGCCCUGGGAAACAAGAUGGCACAUCUGACGGCAUAUGUUUGGACGAGGUCGGCAAAUGGGCGAUGUCUCCAUGGGCCUAUCCGGACAGAGGGCAGGAGCAGGGAGAACUUUUUUAAGGGGCACAGCAUUUUGCGACGUACCCAUCGCACACGGGUGGCCGAUAAGAACGGUGAAAGAAGGUUUCCGUUACAACAGGUAGAUGUGGAUACUCUUUCGCCGCACUGGGUCUGGAGCCAACUCAAUUCCAAGGUUCUGGAACGGUUUAACACACUGUGGGGCUUGGCGCAACAUCCAGCUAAAUUGGGGACGGGAGAACGAGAGCCCCUCUUGAGGAUGGCAGAAGGGGAUGCCCAGGUUAUGAAGAAGGCUGUUAUUAUUCAAACCGCACCAAAGCUACCCGCUACCGGGUGA